GCUUUUGCGUCUUCUGUGAUCUCAUAUUUUUUCCCUCCUUUAUGUUCAUGCAUAAAAAGACGACAUUUGGAAGAUAUUUAUGAUAUCUGUUGGUCUCCUGAUUCCCGUGCACUUCUCUCAGGAUCCGUUGAUCAUUCUGCUAUUAUUUGGACCUUGGAAUUCACUAAUAGUUCGGGUCAGACUAAUAUAUCUCAGAUCGGCAGUGGCAACAGUAAUAACAUAUCAGGGCAAGUUGAAGCCCCUCCACGUCCACACUCCCAAGCCGAGCAGAAGUGUGUGGAAACAAAAAUCGAACCUGCUCGGCUGGCUAUAGCAGCAGCCGCAGCGCCUGCAGCACUUGUUGCAUCUGUUACUGCGCAUUCGCCCGCCAGUCUACUAUCACAAGCCAAUGUAAAAACAUUGAUUCUUCGUGACCAUAAGCACUACGUUCAGGGUGUCGCCUGGGACCCUUUGGGUUUGUAUGUAGCCACAUUGGGCUCAGAUCGUUCUUGCCGAGUGUAUCGUGCUGGCACAGCCAAUUGUCUUGCACAUAUCGCUAAAGUUGACAAGCAGCGCCUCUUUCAAGAUGAUUCUUGGAAAUCCUUCUUCCGUCGGCUUUCUUUUAGCCCAGAUGGGUUAAUAUUGGCUUGCCCAUCAGGCAAUCUUGAAUCAGCCCCAUUUGCAGGUAUCUCGGCCGAUCCUACUUAUCCUUGUGCUGGGCCUAAUGACCUUGGCCUUCUAACUACAAGUUCAGGCCCAUCUCUAGUAUCCAUUUCUACAAACAUAGCUGGUGUUAUGAGUGACAACGCUGGCCAACAGGUGUCUGCUCUUCCACAACAUGCUGCACAUCUUUUUCUGCGCGUCAACUUCUCUAGACCCGUGGUUAGCCUUCCCAGUGGGUCUAAGCCAGUGGUGGCUGUGCGUUUCUGUCCUCAACCUUUCACACUUCGUCCUCUCGCAAGUCGCCUUUUUGACUUGCCAUAUCGCUGGCUAUUCUGCUUAGUUCUCGAAGAUAGUCUUCUUUUCUACGACACUCAGCAACUGGCACCAUUUGCUCAGGUGGGUUUUCCUUAUAACUGUUUUUACAAAGUCUAA